AUGGCAGAACCAUUAUCAGAUGAUGAUGAAACAGAUUCAAUAGACUCUGCUGUACCAACUUACAGAGAAGAAGCAACGGAUGAUGAUGGUGAUGCUGUAACAUUAUUUCAAGCAAUUAUCCUGCAUGAUCAUACAACAGAAAGCAAACAAACUGGUAUUCCAAUUGAAGUAAAAAAUGUUAUGAUUGAAUUAUUUCAAAAUGGAUACACUACACCAAAAGCUAUUUUAUCUGAACCUGAUAAAUUGAAAAUAAUACAACCAAAGGCAUCGCAAAUUUCAAGCUUUUUGGUAACUCUUCGCAAGAAAUUAUAUAGUCCAGCACAAAUUAGUUUAAAUUAUAUUAAAAAUUGGUGUAUUGAAAAAUCUAUUAUUCCAAAUGAUCCUGAUGAGUGUUUUGUUGCUAAUUAUUAUAUCAAAGAUGAUGAUACCGAUCCAUUAUUUAGAUUAUUUGUUACAACCAAAAAUUUACAAUAG